CAUACGUUAAUCUCAACUACACCUUACCGUCCAAAAAUGCAACCAGCCUCCCUCUACAACCAACAACUCAACGCUGCAACUCUAUCAGACCAAGCAAUCCUUCAGGCAACAUUAGCAGCUCAACAAGCAACGGCUAUUACAAACUCUGCCUACUCUUCUUCAAACGGAGAUAGUUCAUCCCCACCUACUGGAAGUAGGGAUACAAGAUUUACAAAAAUAUUUGUUGGUGGACUUCCUUACCAUACAACAGACGAAUCGUUGAAUAAUUAUUUUAGUCAAUUUGGGGAGAUCGAAGAAGCUGUAGUAAUAACCGACAGGCAAACACAAAAAAGUCGUGGUUAUGGCUUUGUAACAAUGAAGGAAAGAGCUCAAGCUGAAAAAGCUUGCCGCGAUCCAAACCCGAUAAUUGAUGGCCGAAAAACAAAUGUUAAUUUGGCCUAUUUGGGAGCUAAGCCUAGAAACAAUUCACACUUGGCUGCAGUUCAAUUGCAAGCAGCUCUCCAAUUACAACAGCAACAACAACGCUUGGCAGCAAGUGUUUUAUCGGCUGCAGCAGCUUCUCCAACUAGUCAACUUUUACUUUCACAAAACCCAACGACUGCUGCGGCUAUUGCUGCCGCUCAACAACAAGCGGCACAGCAACAACUGGCUGCUAUUAACCCCUUGGCUGCUAUUCAAUUUUCUCAAAAUAUUUCCCAACAACCGCAGAAUACUGCUGCUUUGGUUGCUUUGGCAGCACAACAAGCAGCACUACUCCAACAACAACAGCAAGCAAAUGUUGCUGUUACCAGUGGGGCAAAUACUGCCAAUUCUGCUUAUUUUGAUUAUAACCAGCUUUUAUUGGCAGCAGCCCAGCAACAACAAAGCGGCAAUCAACAGACAUCCUUAGCUGCAGUAGCUGCUGCUUAUGGGAUGCCUGUAGGCAGUGGAACUCCACAGUUUGAUUAUUCUAAUUCUGCUUCUUUGGCAGCCGCAUAUCCUUUUCUCCAACAAGUAAAUACUCUAUCCGCAACAGCCCCAACAUCAGUAACCAACUCCCAAAGUUAUGUUGCCCAAUUGGCAGCUCAGGCCCAGUUAGCUGCUGCUGUGAGUAAUGGAGGAGUUGCUGGGACAGGAUCAACAACAACAACAAAUAAUUUGAAGCGUUCUUCAAAGAAUUUGGAUCAACGUCGAAGCGAAUAA